UAUUCCCAUACACAAGAUGGCGAGCGAAUUGAAGGUGUACACCGAAGCCGACGUGUCGUCCCACAAGACUGCGGACGACUGCUGGAUCAUCAUCGGCGAAGACGGUGCCAAGAAGGUCUACGACAUCACCAAGUACCUCGACGACCACCCAGGCGGCCCCGAGAUCGUGCUGGACUUGGCGGGCAAAGAUGGCAACGAAGAGUUCGAAGACAUCGGGCACUCGUUGGACGCGCGCAAGGUGCUGGAAAAGUACUUGAUCGGCACGUUGAAGGAGAGUGAAGAGAAGAAGAAGAAGGCUGCGCAAAAGGCGGCGGACAAGGCAAGUCCUUCCAGUGGCGGCGGCAACAACGUGCUGCUGAUCGUGUCUGUGCUGGCCGUUGUGGCGGCGGUGUACUACCAAUACGUGUACGUCCCCAGCCAAGAGGCGUCCAAAGGCGGCAACUAACUACAUCUAGAGCGCGUAACUUCCUACUUAACACGAAAUACCUGCGGCAA